UUGAAACUGGUUUCUUAACUGUAACUGGUACCUUGUUUAAAAGAAAUUGAAAUGGCAGGGUUUAUGCAAACAAGAUUAGGACGGAAACCUCCAGAUAAAGGGAGCUUUCCACUUGAUCAUGAUGGUGAAUGUAAAAAAGAAAUGUUAAGAUAUAUUAUCUGUCUUCGGAAGAGUGAUCAUGACAACAAUUCUUGCAGGGCAGAAUCAAAAGACUACCUUAAGUGUCGGAUGGACAACAAUCUCAUGGCAAAAGAAGACUGGAAGAAACUUGGAUAUUCUGACGAUAUUAAAAAGACUGAGGACACUUGAAUAUGUGAAAGAUCAAAGACUGUGAUUCAUUUUAUGUCUUGUUAAAAAAAACUGUGAUAAUCAUGUAUAGUGAUUUCGAAAGGAAUCAACAUCAUAAAUUGUAAACUACC